AGGCAAAAACUGCACUCGUCGGCACAUUCCUGGCCAAAAUUGCAACUUUCAGCGACGAAGUUGACGUCUCGUGUUUGAAGAGUUUUUUGUCGCGAAAUUACUGGCACUUUCGCAAGGUUGUCUAGGUCGGCUAGAACUCGAAAUUGAUCAAUUUCGACCUUGCAUUACCUUUGGCCAAUUAUGCGUCAUGCGAGGGUCAUUAGCCCAUUAAGUGGGAGCUAUAUAUAAAGCAGGCUGGUCCACCCUUUGCAACGAAUCUGUAAAAAUGGGCUUCCAUGUGGGACGACAACUGCUGCUCGCCGGAUUCCUCCUGGUUCUGCUGGAAUUUGCACCGCCCUCGGAGGCCAGGCCACAGGAGGUGAUCACUGUGGUAAAGGAGGAAACGGAGGUGAUUAAGCAGGAGCAGGACGGUGACGACGACGAUGACUCCUCCUCCGAAGAGACAGUGGAGGACUCCGGGGAGAAUCGAAGACGCCGACGCGAGGUGAACACGGACAGCACUCUUUCCGCCCGAGCGGGUAUCCCAGGCGAGCAAAUAGUUCCCAUUCUCGUCGACGCAGUUCUGCCGAGCGCGGUGGCCGAUCGCCUGUCCAGAUCCGCAGAAUCCGACCAGGAGGGAACCACCACCACCGAGAAGACCGAAUAGAUCCGAUCAGACUUGGCUUGACUUCGAUACCAAUGACAUGGAUGGCUACUGAUGUCUUAAAUUAUACUUUUAUUUUUCUUUCAUACGCUGUUUUAAAGCAGAAUUUUCACGAUACGAACCCAAGCACAGCAAACCAUAAAA